GGUCACCUUUCCUCUCCCGCACUCCACCCAAACCUACCACAGCAGCAAUGGCGCCCCCGCCGCCGGCAACGCUCGCCGCCGUCCUCCUCCUCGUCUCCGUCUCCGUCUCCGUCGCCUCCCACCCACUAGCCUCGGGACUGAAGUAUUCCCCGGCGGCCUCGUCUCCGUUCGACGCGGCGCUGGCGGCGCUGCAGGGCCGGAUCGGCUACGCGUUCGGGUCCCCGGACCUGCUCCGCCGGGCGAUGACGCACGCCUCCUACUCGCGCGAGAACGGCCGGGCUUUGGCCGUGCUGGGCCUGGCCGCGGCGGAGUCGGCCGCCGCGCUGCGCGCGCUCGCAGCCGACCGCGACGCGCCGGCCUCCGCCGUCUCCCGCGCCGCGCGCGACGCCGCGGGGGAGGCCGCCUGCGCCGCGGCGGGGGCCCGCGCGGGGAUCCCGGCCGUCGUGCGCGUCGCCGGGUCCACCAAGGCCUCGGCCCCGCCCGUGGUCUGCGGCGCCCUCCGCGCGCUCCUCGGCGCCGUCGCCGUCGACAACGGCACCGCCGACGCCGCCGCCGAGGUCUUCUGGCGCCUCCACGUCGUCGCCGCCUCCGCCGCCGCCAUGUGACGCGUGCACGAGUAAUAAAUCAUCCAAUAUGGUUUGCUGCUGCUGCUGCUGCUGCUGCAAUCUACCACCUCUAUGUAAAUUAUGAACUCUCACUUCCACUUUGAUUUUCUAUGCAAAUUAUGAACUGCCACUUCGAGUUGUGCUAUGUUUGGUGUGAUAUCCAUCCAGAUCCAGGAAUGCGCGAUCGAAUUUCCGUUU